GCCUAUUAUACAAGGCUGAAGUGUCGUCCUGCGGUCGUAGCCGCGCUUACUUCGCUAGAAGUGAUAGUCCGUCGUAUGCUGAUGCUUUAACUUCCCUGUCCUAAAAAGAGGAAUGACUUCUAAUAUGUUGAUGUCAAUCUGACAUUGGUACUAUACAUAGGUAUUGAUGCAGUCUUUUCGCAAGAAAGAAAUGAAGACCACCGGUCCCGAUAUUCGAAUUCAACGUCUGGAAUGCCGAUCAAGAGCUGCCAUGAGCAUGGCCAAGGUGUACCAUGGUUCGUAUUGUGAGACUACCGAAAACGCCAGCGACGAUAUCGGCCCGCAGCACUCGACUGGGCCAGGAUUUCGUUGGAGAUGAAGUAAAGACCACAUAUCAAGGCCAGCAACUACUGCUACAACAUCAACAAAAUGAAGUUGCGAGUCCAGAACUACAGCUAGAAGAUGAAGACAGUUUGCCUCUGCUUCAAAAGUUAUCAUCAAAUCAGGAGUCUAGUCCGGCGGAUCCGGAGCUGGAGUGUAUACUAAAUUUUACGACCCCCAGCAGAACUACUUCAUCUAGUGUGAAAAGGACAAGCACUCCUACAUCAACAACUUCUAGUUCUGCAGUGAGCCGGAUCACAGACACAGCUCCUUCUUGGGAAACUCCACGUCCACCAGGACACGAAAAUAGUCAAGAAUCCAGAUCCACAUCGCGUUCGCGGCGAAAACGCAUUAGACGAAACAUGAUGGGAGGCACACCAGGGGGAAGUUGGCUUUCAUCGUCUUCUUCUGCUAGUAUAUUCAGUUUCGUAGGAAACUUCUGGGUUACAUUUGAGUCUACUUUCGUAGUCCUUGGGGGUUUCGCUACGAGUAUAACUCUCAUUAACUCCACGAAAUGGAUAUACAUGUACGAGGACUUCAAGUAUCCGUUCUUUUAAGGCAGUGGACAGUAGUCGUUCUUAGGGUUUAACACAUGAUCAGCAACAUCAGUAAUAUCUAUCUUGAUACAUCCUUCAUUAACAUUAAGUAAGAUCUUGAGUCAUCGAAGAUUUUGAUUUGAGGUCAAAGGGAAAUGCUCGGGAGUUUUCAAGUUGAGGUAGGACGCAGAUGUAAUAAAAGUGAGAGAGCCAAGUGGAAGGAGCAUGAGCAUGAGACCGAAGGAACAAGAAGGCCAGGGACGACUGGGCAAAGCACAAGCAGUACAGCACUCUAAUUCUUCAUCACGUUGGUUCACAGCAUUUUUUGUUGGGUGUUUGCCUACGCGAUUACUCACGAGGAAGAGCAAACGGCAUCAACCUCUUCGACGAAAAAUUCUUCUGCUGCCGUUAUGAAAGUUAAGGCUUGCUCGUGGUCGUGCUCCGUAUUGGAAACGCAAAAAUCUAUAAAUACAUAGACCACGUCUACUUCCAUGAUAGCUUCAACAAUCCAUAAUGACGAAGAUGGCCAGCAGGAUAUUUUUAAGUACGACACUCCUACUUCGGAAAAGAUAUCAUGCUCAACUUGGAUUGCGAUUUUAUCAAUUAGCCCCCAAUAGCAAUAGCAGGAAGAAGAACAAGUAGCACUAGCAGUCAAGUGUCCAUCUCACUUCUCUAACAUCCUAGCAAGAAAACCUGUCUGGCCUACACUUCCGCGGACGCACAAGCUGAGCAUACCAGAACAAGUGGAGAAGAUCUUGCCUUUUAGCAUAUUCGGCGCUGCAAGUAUAGGAUCAGGAAAUUUGGCGCUUUUAUACUUACGGACUUACAGACUGACAUUUUUGUGUAUGGUUCCGGUAUUUGGUAACCUGAAUUUGAUCCUAAAGGAAAACAAGAAGCGAACCCUUAGGAUCAAACUCAGGUUACCAAAUACCAGAGCCAUGCAUUGACAAGACUGACAUUUUUGACACGGCUUGUUGUGCUGGUGAGCACCAAUUUUGUCCAUGAUUACAUUUAGAGGUCGUAGCGCGUUACUUUUAUUUUGAGGAGGAAACGAGAUGAACAGGUCGUAGCGCGUUACUUUUAUUUUGAGGAGGAAGAGAUGAACGGGCAUCGGCUUCCUGGCGAGAGUGAGAGUGAAUAUUCGCGGGCUUGUAAAAAUGGAACAGUGUGGUCCACGAAUAAACACUACUCUAAUCCGUCUCUAUCCGAGCUUCCACGAAAUGAUUCAAAACACGACUCCGUUCUGGACUCUGAUCGUAAUGUCGCUGUUUGGCGGAAAAGUGUACAACUUAUGGCUUUAUUAAUUAUGCAAGUAUUUUUAAUUUGAGCAGGUGCCGGUGGGGCUCGUUGUGCAGGGUCCAUAUCCAAAUCCAUAACCUAACCUAGACAGAGCAGAUAGAAGUAAGGACUUGUGAGUGAAGCAGUAGAGGAAGUGCUGGAGGUGGAAGUAGAACUACUACCACAUGCACAGUAAAAAUAGGCGACAUCGAGACACCUCCCCUCUACUUAGUUUGAAAACCCUUCCUCUCCCGCCCUCCACCUUCAUCAAAACGUUGGAGUUACUGGAGCAUGGUGCCUGUGUGUGGAGGGGGGCUUCUUUGCGGGCUAGGCGAAAUCAAUUUGCAUGUUGGAGGAAUUCUUCUCAGUAUCGCAUGCACAACCUGGCGCGCUUUUCGGGUGCUUGUUCAGUCCAGAGUCCUCUGCGAUCUUGCAAAACCGAUGUCGUCGAUCACGUUACUGUAAGCAAUCUAUAUUUAUUACUCUUUGUAUCUAUUUCUCUAGUACUACUUAUAUCAGAGUAAUUUCUAAGGUUUGCCAGCUCGCAUGCCAGGGAGUGCAUGGAUCGCAUGGAGUUAAAGGGGGCGCUUCUUGCGUCCCUUAGAGGUCUGCGCUCCAGGCUACUCCAUGCGCCACGCGUGCUAUAAACUGCUCUGUUAUAAAUAUCUUCAUGUGAGUAGUCACGCGAGGACUUCUAAGCAAUGAAGGUCUCUUUAGGUUAUUUCUGUGGGGGCGGAUCCGAUCGGCGGGAAGUGGAGCCUUACUGUAAAAAACGGCUUGAGAUUAUUAUAGCCAUCACCAUCUACUACGAUCACGUUAUUAAUACUCCUGUCAGGAUGGCGUUGCCGUGUUUUGCCUGUUCCUAUUUUGCACGUUAAUACUCCUUUUUUGCCCGCCCCUAUACUCUUUCUAGAUGCAUCAUGUAGUCGCACGAGUUCUAUCUAAGCAAUGAAAAAUGAAGUUUUUGGUUUGUUGUAUUCUAGAGCUUAUACAUUUGAUAUGCGGGGACCGGAAAAUGGAGCUCUACAUACUAUGAACUACGCCUUAACUCGAUCAUGAGAUUGAGAAUGAGAGGACUAAAGCCAUCAGGAGCACCAUCUCCAUGUGUGUCCAUGCUCCCACCUCCUCCUUCAAAAAUCACAGAAUGUAUUCCAGUCCGUGGAACGCAGGCUUAUACAUGAUCGCGAGCCUGCCUUUAGAGGGUGUGGAGCCUUAUCGACGGUUUUUCUCCGGCUCCCUCAACAUGAGGACUUACCUCGCGAUAGGCUUUUCCGGUUUGGUCGCUGCACUGUUCAAUCUCUUCUUAUGGCAUUCUGAGACUGUAGUCAGUGACAAAUGUUCAACAGUAGUUCUUGUAUGGAAAUGGCAAUGAUAGUAAUCAAGCGGCACGAGCGUUUCUUUCUCAUUCUCGGGGUACAUGUAAGUCGCUAGCAUGUGUAUGUGUAUGAGCAGAGCACGACGAAAAAAUCAAAAAAAAGUAGGUGGUGGAGGGCUUUUGGACGCUAAAAAGUACUAGGGCUUUUGUGCUUCUUGUUGAAGUAGAUCGACGAUGAAGAAGGACCACAACUACAAGAACUACAAUCACGACACGCGAGCUUGACCCUUCUAAUCUCCGCUUUCCUCAUGGUCGCGCGCCUAGGACCUUUAAUGGCGAUGGCUCUGGGCAAUCUGAAAAACAUGGCGAUUAUCUUUUCCAGUGUGCUUCUUUUCCACAACAGCUGUACGCCGAUACAGGUUGUGGGAUUUUUCAUCAUCUGCUUCGGUGUCGCACUGAAUUCGCAAUAUGGAAGCGAACGGAACUCCACGCCAUCUCCUGUUGGAGAGUCGUCUUCACGUGAUAAAACGUCGGCGGAUGGAGGGGGUUGUAGUAGGACAAGAUACAACAGGAACCAGGAUGGCGGAGAGACAAGAAAGAGUCGCUCCGACAAUACAAGAACUAGUAAUUAUAUGGUCGUAGAUCUAGAAGACGAUGAGCUGGAUUUAGUUGAAAAAGGUCUCGGUCUUUCACGACAUCAACACUUUGAUGCGUCUCUCAAAAAACCAGAUGGUAGUAGAGAAACAGGAGGAACAACGUCGAGGAUGAUGCUACAGGAAUUGAAGCCUCUUGGCGCAUCUUCAGGGAAGCUGCUUCAUAUAUUUAUGAGCGUAGGAAAUGCAUGAUCGCUAAAGUCAUCUGGACAAGGAAAAUAAGAAGGAAAACGGACCCAGAGGAUUAUCCGCGAACUGCAUUCCCGAUACCUCUAAUGUAUCCUCUUCUGCUAGGUCUCCUGACGGCACAGGUUCAGAGACAAAUGAGCUACUCCAAAUGGAGGACGUUGAAGCAUAA